GAAAGGAUGGUUAAAAGUUAGUAGAAAGUGAGCAGUGAUUGUUAGAAGAGCUAGCGCUAAUGUUUGGAGAGGGCGUAUUUGCUCAAUUAGUUUAGACUUGCAUGACGACUGCUUAAGAUUCAAGUAGAACAAGCUAGAUAGUAAAAAAAGAAACGUAGCCUACUGCGGUAACUUCACCAAUACUUUUAUUCCGUUUUUUAUCUGAACCACUUAAGACUUUUUAAAUGCAACGCUGUUUGAUAUAUGAGAAAACCAUGGCCGGCGAGACUAAGAACUCACUGAACAACAGUAACUGCAAAGACCACAGCAGGAGGAAGCUGCUGGUGGGAGUGGACCUCUUCUGUCUGUUCCUAGUUGUGCUUGUUGGUGCGUUUUUGCACAAAUCUCCCUUCCCACCGUACCGGAGAGGAUUCUUCUGCAAUGACAACAGCAUCGGGCUGACCUAUAAGAGCAGCACGGUGUCCACCACGGUGCUCACAGCCGUGGGCGUCACUGUGCCCGUGGCCUCAAUCAUCAUCGGUGAGAGCUACAGAAUCUACUUUUUGAACGAGGGAUCCAAGUCCUUUGUGGGGAACCCCUACAUCUCCGCUCUGUACAAGCAGGUGGGCGUGUUCAUCUUCGGCUGCGCCAUCAGCCAGUCAUUCACUGACAUCGCCAAAGUGUCAGUGGGCCGCAUGCGCCCUCAUUUCCUUGAUGUGUGCAAACCUGACUUCACCACCAUCAACUGCUCCCUGGGCUACAUCACUGACUACCAGUGUCAGGGGCCAGAUAACAAAGUUCAGGAAGCCAGGAAGUCUUUCUUCUCUGGACAUGCAUCCUUUUCCAUGUACACCAUGCUUUACCUGGUGUUUUACCUGCAGUCUCGGUUCUCUUGGCAUGGAGCUCGCCUGCUGCGCCCUCUGACCCAGUUCACCCUCAUCAUGAUGUCUUUCUACACCGGCCUGUCCCGUGUGUCUGAUCACAAGCACCAUCCGACUGAUGUGCUGGCUGGUUUCGUGCAGGGAGCAAUCGUGGCCUACUGCAUAGUAUUCUUUGUAUCUGAUUUGUUCAAACCUAAAGGUAGACGCUCUACACUUUUGCCAAUACAAGUGAAGAAAGAUCUUGUUCCUCCUGCAGACAUCAGUCAGCGGAGCAACCACCUCAUCAUGGCAUAGAGAAGACUGCAAACUGACUCUACAUAACCCUGUACUGUGCCGUUUCAAUCACUGCUACAGCCACUGGCCGAUACUGGAUAGAACCAACUCUCAGAAAUAUGGAUAGUGCAGCACAUGGAAUCUUGAAACACCUCAGAGGAUGUCAAAUGUCGCUUUCUCAACGGAAAUCUUCUCUUUCUUCAGUCUUACCAGACAUUUGAAUGUGAAAAAGAAAGGACUAAAGACAUUUGUACCUCCUCUGUUAUGAAGAUUUUCUAAGAUUCUCCUCUGUCGAAGCCUUUCCAUGGACAAAACUCUGAAAUGAAACUGAGAAACGGCAGCUGUAAACAAAGCUGUGUGUGGCUUAUUUUGCCUUCUACCCUCAGCUGCAUCCAGCAUGGGAGCUACACUAAUAUUCCCGCCUCUCACUCACCUUGUGACUAAUACAAACAAAUCAUGACGAAAAAACAGAUUCCUUGAUUUUAUGAAGGAUGUUGUUUUUGUUACGAACAUAAGAAUUGUAUGUAGGCCCUUACGAUAACUUCUUCUGUUUGACAAUAUAUUGUCCAGAAAUGACUGCGAUCAACAAUGAUAUUGUAAUUUUAAGACUUUUAUUCCACUGAGGUAAUGAAAAUGAUAAUAUAAUAGGAGGACAAUGCAAAUACACCCUUUGCAAGAGAUUACCAUAUCAUUCUUAAGAAUAUUCACAUUGUACACUGGAAGACAUGUAAGGGAAGGAAGAACCCUAAAGUUUAUUCUGAUAUCAGUUUAGGCUAAAAAUGUUGGUACAAUUAUUAGGUAAACAACAGCAUGUAAACACAACAGGCAAAAUGAUCACGGUCAUAUCCAAAAAUCACCAUUAAUAGAUAACCUCAAAAUGAUCGAGGUCUUGUCCAUGUUUCGUACCAUAGGUCAAUAACUUCCUAAACGAUCACCGUAAAAAAGUUAACGAAGUCAUGUACAUACAUCAAAUGCGUCGUAAAAAUAAUCAAGGUCAGGUCAAUAUUUUACCAUGAGUCUGGAACGUAAUUAUCGUGAGGGGCCUAAUUACAUGUGAAUUUAUAGCAAUAUAUCAGCUUGACUCUUUACUGGUUUUUUGUACCACUUGAUUGACCUGAAGUGAAGCUUUUGGAAAGCUUUGUAAGCAUUUAUGUCCAUAAUGUGGUGUUCCUUAGAAGGUGCACAUAAGUGUUGGAUGUGGGCCUCUUUCUGCUGGCUAGGACGAGCCCCCAUUGAGCCAUUUAAUGAAAGUCCUAUCUGUUAUAUGUACCAGGUGGGUGCUCAUAAGUGUUAGGUCCAGAAUGCGUGUGUGGUGUGUGUGUGUUGGUGUGUGUGUGUGUGUGGUGUGUGUGUGUGUGUGUGUGUGUGUGUGUGUGUGUGUGUGUGUGUGUGUGUGUGUGUGUGUGUGUGUGUGUGUGUGUGUGUGUGUGUGUGUGUGUGUGUGUGUGUGUGUGUGUGUGUGUGUGUGUGUGUGUGUGUGUGUGUGUGUGUGUGUGUGUGAGUUCCUUGCAUUACUUCUGUGUUAGGGUAAGGUCUUUUUCUGAGCCUGCCAAUGUGUCUUAAUGUCAUGUCUAAAUAUUUCAGUGUUAAUAGCCUACAAGUGUGCCUCCCUUCAGUCAGAGAACAGGCAACGGCUCUAACAGACAUAUGCAUAUUGAGACGGUAACACUGUGGAAAAAAUGCAUCACAUGCAGUACAUGUUCUUUACUGUUACUAAUCAGAGCAAUUAUAUUCAUCACUGAGGAAUCCUGUGAUGAACUGUAUGCUACACAGGCAUAAAUAGACUUGGAGUAACUACAGGGGCUUCCUAGUGAAGUGGUUACUUACCUUAGCUUUUCAGAGUAAAAGCACAAUAAAGCAAAACAUUUUUGGCACAUUGUAACCGCUUGAAAUCUCAAGUCUUUUAAAGUAAUAAAUGAUGGUUGGUAAUAAGGAUCUGCAUUAUAAUAGACACAAAUCAUUACAUUUUAAAGUAAGUAUGUGUUUGCAUGACAUUAAUGACAUUUUUUGCAAAAAAAAACUUUAAACCACUUACUAAAAGCAUCAUUCUAACUCGGUUUUAGGUUACUGAGACACAUUUAGAAAAUGUCUUGAGAUCCACUUUAUACAGCAUCAGAACAUUCUGCAUACCAUACCAUACCUUGUACAUUACUGUAGUAUGUAUACAUACAGAAUAUUUCUUGAAUAAAUGCCCACUACGACCUGUGUGUCGAGACCUGUGUAAAUGUAAAACAUGCUGCUUUAUAGAGGCAAAGCUUGGUGGAUGUCAUCCAGUAAAGUUGACACAUUGUGAAUAUUACGUUUUUUUUAAAACAGCUCAGUACAUGUUUAUAAAAAAAUAAAAAUUGCCUUUCAA